GCUGGCCGUGUAGAAAACUGAAUGGAGCUGAAGAGAAGAGAAAUAUUAAGCGGAACACCCUGGAGCAGUGCAGCGUCUGUGCCAAGCCCAUCAUGGAGCGCAUCCUGCGGGCCACCGGUAAAGCUUACCACCCUCACUGCUUCACCUGUGUGAUUUGCAACCGGAGCUUGGACGGCAUCUCGUUCACCGUGGAUGCCGGUGGAAACAUUCAUUGCAUCGAGGACUUCCACAGGAAAUUUGCCCCACGAUGCUCCGUCUGCAAGGAGCCCAUCAUGCCCGCCCAGGGCCAGGAGGAAACCGUCCGCAUCGUGGCCUUGGACCGCGACUUCCACGUCCAGUGCUACCGGUGUGAGGACUGCGGGGGCCUCCUGUCCGAGGGCGACAACCAGGGCUGCUACCCGCUGGACGGCCACAUCCUCUGCAAGGGCUGCAACUCCAGCCGGAUCCAGGCGCUGACCGCCAAGGCCAGCACUGACCUCUGAAGGGGACGCCCGGCCACGCUGCUCCUACGCCUUCCCGGGACUCUCCUGCCGGACUACUGUCCCCCCCCCCACCCCACAACCGGUGGUGCAAUCUUUCACCAAACACCCCCCCUCACCCCGGCUGUCUAGGGAAGGUAUUUCUGGGUGGGGGGGCUCUUUCAGGGGGGUCUUUUCUGCCCCUCCCCUUGGAAAGGACCCCUCCCGGGAUUCUCGGAGCGAGAGAGACACACGUCGGAUUUCGAUUCCGGGGUGUCGCUCUCCGCCCCCAAGUUUGGAGAACUUCAGAAUGGGGGUGUCCGGGGUGGAGGGGGAGUCCCUAGAUGGGGGGGGGGAGAGUCACGGCCACACACCCCUUUCCCCUUUGCAUGCCUUUGAUUGCACAUCUGGCACCUCAUUUCGAGGAUAUUUUAUAUUUUCCUGGCACCUCAUUUCGAGGAUAUUUUAUAUUUUUCCACUCUGUGCCUUUUCAACCACAAUGGCCUAAGACCGGGGUGGGGGACCUGGGCUCUUUUGUGACUGGUGGACUUCAAUUCCCAGAAUUCCUGAGCCAGCCAUGCCUGGCUGAGGAAUUCUGGGAGUUGAAGUCCACGAGUCAUGAGGGGGCCAUAGUUCCUCCACGCUGGCUGAGGG